UGGACUCUGUUCUCUUUAUCAAACAGCUCAACAGAUCUCAUCUUAUCCCCCCAGAUCACACAUCUUUCCAUAACCACACAUCAGACAAGAUGAAGUUCUUCGCGACUCUGCUCUUUGCUGCCGCUGGCGUCUCUGCCGCUGGCUCUGCUACUGCCCCAGCCACCCCAGGUUCCACCUGUCUGGCCGACUACAUCCUCGAGGACUGCCUCAGCUCAACAACCAAGACUGCGAACUCGUGCAAACCCACCGACUACGAGUGCCUCUGCGCCGCCUACCAGGCCGUCUUGACCUGCUACAACAACUGCCCCAACGACAUCCGCGCCCCCUCGGUCCAGCAGCAGGUCGACUCGUACUGCCGCACCGCCACCCUCCUCAACCCCAAGACCACGGCCACCAAGGCCAAGCCGUCCCAGUCCCAGGAGUCUUCCGGCUCCGAGGAGACGUCCGCCUCCAGCCCCAGCAACAACGACGAGGCCUCUGCCACUGAUGCCGGCCCCUCGCAGACGUCUGGCUCUCGCACCAGCGCUACCACUGCUGCUACUGCCAGCUCGAGCACCAACGCCGCCGCUACCAUGAUGGGAAGCGUUGCCGGCAUCGUCAUGGCUGUUGCCGGUGCUGCUGCUGCCAUGGUGUAAUGGAGGGGGGAAGAGCAAUUGAUGCCAAAGUAAUGCAUGCGAAAAGACUGAAUGAAUGGGAUGGAUGUUGGACUGGGCGAAGGCGCAUCGUAUGAAUGGGUACUGU